ACCUGUAGUGCUCUGAUUGUUUAAAUACAAGUUAAAAAUAUUUUUUUUCUGGGUCUCAUUGCACUUCAUCCAGGUGAAGAGCAUUCGAAAGACCAUGGCGACUUUUUACAUAACUCUUCUAGUGACACUAUUGUGUCAUAGUGGUCUUGCUAGCAGCCCUAUGGAAAAUGAAGAGCUAUUCGAAGGAGAUAUCGCUGGAAUAGAUCCAUUUGCUCUUACAGAUCGAAAUGCUGUUGUUGAUGAAGCUGAACUUUGGCCAAAUGCAACCGUGUAUUACGAAAUCGGCUAUAAACUCAGGAAAGUCAAAGACAUAAUCCAGGAAGCAAUCGAUGAGUAUGAAUCUAAGACAUGCAUCAGAUUCAAGCCCAAGACACCUGCUACCAAUGAUUAUGUAAAAUUUACCAUCGAAGGCGGGUGCUGGUCGAAUGUGGGACGCAAGGGAGGUGAACAGGAGAUUUCUCUUAGCGAGGGAUGUCACGAUAAGGUGUCAGCUGUCCACGAGAUUGGUCACGCCCUUGGUCUCUGGCACGAACACAGCAGGUCUGAUAGAGAUGACUACUUGGAGAUAAUUUGGGACAACAUCAAACCAGGUGCUGAACGCAAUUUCCUGAAACUGAGACCGUGGGAAAAUAACUUAUUAGGAGAAGAGUUUGAUUAUAAAUCCAUUAUGCUUUACGGGGAAUAUGCUUUUGCUAAGGACCGUAAUUCGAUGACGAUGAAACCAAAGAAGGAGGGAGUUGUCAUCGGUCUCAUCAACGACAAGCCAGGUCUCAGCGAAAGCGAUGUUCGAAGACUCAACAAACUAUAUGAAUGCGAUGGAAACGUCCGCCCACCGCCACCUGAUAUUCCUGACUUCAAAUGUGAUUUUGAGAAAGACAUGUGUGGUUUUGAAAAUCAUGAAAACAACUAUAAAACUAACUGGAUCCGAGAAAACGGAACAUUAGCAGGAAGAACAGGAAGCUACAUAUACGUGAAUGCUGAAGAUGCCUCCUUCCGUAAAAUUCGUAUUACAUCCCCUUUCUUCGCAUCUUAUGGACGCAGGAAGGCCUGUCUCACUUUUGAUACCUACUUCAAUGGAGGUGGUGUUGUGUCACUUGAUAUCUCUAUACAUAACAUCCAUACAUCAAAACUAGUCAUGAAACAUGUUGAAAAGAGUGAAGAAUGGCAGACAGUCAAAGUCAAUAUAGAUGUCGAAGGUUAUGUUAAAUUUUCGCUGGACGCCCGAACAAGAAAAUCUGACGGCGAAGGCAUCAUUGCUAUAGACAACAUCAUUUACGCGAUGCGAGAAUGUGAAUAAAAGAAAUUGUGAAUUACAGGCCUAUACAUUAUUUAUUACCAAAUGACAAAGAAAAGUUUUGUUACUUAAUAAAAAAGAAUUACAUUUUAUGUAUAUAAUAUAAGCAAAAUAAAAGUCAGAAAGAGCUUA